AUGUUCAAGGCUUCAACAUCGAACGCGUUUCGGACGCAGACGUGGCUCUCUGCAGGAACAUACCGUGCCUGUUACAUCAGGGAUUACCGACGAAAGGCCACACAUUCAAUCACAGAAGAGUCGAUUUCGCCUGCUGCUGCCAAAUCCAGAACCCCUCCACUUAAAUUGCUCAAACCUGUUGCUGUUGUUGCCCAGGAUGACUUAGAGUUGUCAUCAUUAGCAGUAAAUGAUGAACUUUCCACUCUGAAAGAUGAGAACAAAGCGGUAAGGAAGCCUCGUGGGUCUCUUGUUUCGCUAGCAUCACACCUCCCGCCAUUACCAUCUCCCGAGGCAUGGCCUGAACGUUACCCUUUAAUAUUCAAGCCCACUUCAGCUGUUCGCGAAGUACGACCUUUCGUUAAGAACUUUGACACUGCGAUCGAAACCGCCAGGGCGUUUGGGCUCGAUGAGGAUGACAGCAAAGGACCGAAGACGAUCGUAGAGCUAUACCCUGGACCUGGGAUGAUUAGCAGGGCUAUUUUAUCUCUACCUCGGGAUCGAAUACAUCGUCUUAUACUCCUAGAGUCUGGACCUGAAUUUCAUGAUGAUCUCGUUAGUCUGGCAAAUUCGGACGACCGAGUGAAGCUGGUGAAAUUAUCGCCAUAUUAUUGGGAGACCUAUGACGUGGUGGCGAAUGAAGGGUUGUUGAAUCAUAUUCACCCUGUUUCUGAUGAAGAAGUUCAUCCGCAGCUCCGCAUAGUUGGUCAAUUGCCUAUGUCUGUGGGUGCAGAACAAUUAUUGUCGCAAAUCAUAAGGCAUGUUCCAACUAGAACGUGGCUAUGGCAGUAUGGAAGAGUCCCUUUCCACCUUCUCAUCGCUCAAUGGGUACAUGAGAGAUUAUCAUCACCGCUAUCCUCCACAACAAGAGGCAAGCUGACCGUACUUGCGGAAGCCACACUCGAUUAUACCAUUUCUGUGCCCAUGUCCGCUUACAAACCAUACGAUGACCAUCUUUUCCCCCCACCGGUUCGAAUACCCCCAUCGCUACUUUCGAAACCUAAGAAGGAACCAAGAAGAAAGAAGAAAGAGGAAGACGGUACACUUGGUGAUGAGGAAGGUGGUGUUACGAUGGCAUUCCGCAGACCUGGACAUCCUAUGGUUGCCGUUACGAUGACUCCCAGAAGGGAACGCAUAAUCGAAGGGGACGCCAUUGAGCGAUGGGAUUACAUCCUCCGACACCUAUUCGUGCUCAAGAAGUCUACCGUUGCUAAGGCCCUACCGUCAUUGGCUCCUGGUGCUGGUGUACUUCUCAAAAGCCCCUUAUUAAAGGAUCUUAGUCCAAAGUCGACCAUCAGCGAUCUCAGUGUUGAUGAUUGGCGCCGGCUCAUUCAGGCUUUCGAAGAAUGGCCUUUUGCUCCACAGGUCAGUCGACAUCAUCCUGCAAUUGUUGCAGCGCCCGCAAAAGUGAAGUCGUUUUCAAUCGAACAACUUCCUCUGUAG